AUGAGGCGCUUGUCCACUGAUGACGCCCGGACCAAAUGGUUGCCCCUCCCUUCUCCCUUCUGUACAGUCUCAGAUACCACUUUGACUUGCCUUACCGCCCCCCAAAAGGCACCAAAGCCAUGCCCCCCUGGCCCCGUAUCUACGAAUCAUUCCUCCACGCCCACAUCUUCUCCCAUCCUCACAAUCUCAACUCACAACUCUCUUCCUUCCUUCUUUUUUCCAACAACCAAGCGUGUCGCGCCAGAUGUCCUCCUCCUCAUGUCCAGUCCGCAUCGUUUGUCCGAAAAUGCCGCACACGCCGUACUGGUGAGCGAGCCAGAGCCUGAGCAAUGUUCCCGCUCUGCACCUGAAGGCCUGCCAGAUUCUUCUGCGACAGGCCGUGGCGCGGAAGCAGGCAAAGAUAGCCGUGUCGCUGGCCCUAAUCAUGAUUAUGAUGUUGAUGAUACCCAUCAAGGGCGCCGUGGCCAGACCCCCGCUGUCGCCCUCGCUGUUGAUGUCGCUGUCGCUGUCGCUGAUCCUACAGCCGACGACACUACGGCGGAUACUCCCACUCCCUCUUCAGUCUCCCCCUUCCUACCGCCACCCUCUGUGGACAAGGUGCCCAACAACGUGCCUGAUUCUGUUCCUGAUUCUGACUACGUUCCCCGUGGUGAUGCCAAUGCCAGGGACACUCCAGACCAAGCUGAUACCCUCCCUAUCGUUGCUGAUGCUCUUGAUCCUUCCUCUACCUCCAGUAAUAAGAAGGCCCGUGGCGCCGGUCCCAUACCGAGGCAGUCUGGUCCUUCCCUGCUGACCCAAGCCUUGGCUUCUGCCCGUGGUAUCACAAACGUCAAGUCUUCUAAAUCCUUCACUUCUCCUACAACUACAACCACGACUACUACUGAGUCUCCUCCUAUAACUUCGCCCUCCUCCACAUCCUUCAUAACUACGUCUGCUACCGAUACUCGACAGCCUAACCUAAACAAGACUUCUGCGUCCUCAUUGACUACAUCGUCUCCAACAUCUCCAACUGCACAGUCGAGUGUCUACUCUUUGACAGGGCCACCAACGGCACCAGCGACCCUUUCCUCACAACACGAUCGCGACGGCGCCUCCUACCCCUUCGAAACUUCCUACAACAAUGUUCCCGCUCAGCGCAUCGCUUCUAGGCCGUUGAUGAGAGCCACUUCUGAAUCUAUCAACAUGGGGACAUCUACAACUGUUACUACGAUGACGUCGCUCGCCCCUCGUGAGGUUGCGAGCGUUCCUUCGUCAUUCAACCACUCGACUCUUGCCACACUUCGAGGUGCUCUCGACAACCGUGAACCGAUGGAUUUGCCUCAAGGCAAAACCUCGACAUCUUUGGACUUGGAACAACAAUCUAUCGACUAUUACCAACCUCAAACUACAACAUACGCUGCUGCCCUUCCCGACCGAGCAGCCCAGACCGAGGCUCUUCGUCCAGGAUCAAAGACGCCACCCCCGGUGGCGCGAAAGGAGGAUGCUAGAAACAUUCAACAUAGACCAUCGCCGUGGGGAAAGAUCCCGCAAUGGACGAGCAACGGAGGCGAGAAAACGGAAAAGAUUUGGUCGAUUGGUUCUGCUGAGGGCCAUGAGGAGGAUGGUCUCGUCGAAAAGUCUGUAACCGAGGCGAUGGCUGGCUUAGAGCACAAUGCCCGCAGUCGCAAAUCGAGCUACAGUCUACGAUUCUUCAAAGAAGGCCUUCCACCAGAGGACAAAUUGCGUCGCAAGGAUACCAAAAACACUCAAAGAGAGAAACUGCCUCCUCUCGAGGAGGGCCAGCAACACACUUCACGCGAGAAAUCCCAAGCAACAACCUCGGACAAAGAGCUUGCUGCCAUUCGCACCGGAGAGGAAGACCUGGCAGGUCCAUAUCUCUUUCCGGAUACGUUCGAUGAACAAUCCGUUCUUACCACAUCGCCUAAGGAGGAUUACUUUACUAUUCCAGUCAAUGGCUCGCUCCAUUCUGGAGAUAUGGCGCCGUUUGAAGUGUCGCAGCCGAUCGCUCGGGCCAAUGACAACCACGAGCAAAAUAAAUUGGUGGAGAAAUUUGAGCCUGUGGGGCCGAUUCCGGAUACCGAUGCUGAUUCCGCCCGUGAAGCCGAGUUAGUGGAGGCAAGACGGGAUUCGGCCAGCGCCCAUUCUGAGGUCGGAUCUCGUGAUGAUGGAGAAGCCGAAGAAUCUGGGGAAGAAAAGAUCUCAUCUGCGGUCUUCCUACCCCACCAAGAGCUGCAAGGGUCCUGUCUAAGUGAGCCGCAGGACCGCAUUGCGGCCCGUAGUAUCCGAGUGCGGUCUCUAUCACAAAGUAAUCAACGUCCGUGGCUCGUCAAAGCCGACGAGCCGGAGCCUGAGGCCAUUCAUGAGAAGGAUGAACCGCCUUAUGGUAUUUCUCCUAUGCCUUCCCGUGAGACGCUCACCUUGAAACGCGGUGAUCUCAUCCCUGAAAAGGGUGAAGAAGGUGCUGUUAUUGAGGAAGAAAUCACAGUGACAACCGAGUCUCUUAAACAACCACAAAUCGUGAGCCAUUAUGAAGACCAAGCCCAUGAAAUUCAGCAUGACCCUCAGGAGCCCCUUGAGGCCAUCGAGCUCAUUCCGUAUAAACAUCAAGUUGGUGGCCACACCACCCUCUGGAGAUUUUCUCGAAGGGCUGUCUGUAAGCAACUCAACAAUAGGGAAAAUGAGUUUUACGAGACUAUCGAGAGGUACCACCGUGAUCUGCUGCCUUUUCUUCCUCGCUACAUCGGUGUGCUGAACGUCACCUUCCAAAAGCAGGCUCGUCGAAAGAGUACGUCUAAGAAAGAUGAGCAUGCAGCAGCCGAACGAAAAAAGGCUCAAGAAAAACUCGAGGCUAGUAGACAGGAAUUGGAACAGACCGAGGACCAAGAGACUCCCGAACCCGGGAGACCGACAGGCAGAGUCAUCAGCCAAUCUCUUGCCAAUAGCAAUAUCCCAGUUCCGACGGUCACAUUCGACGACAACAGACACAUUCUUCCUAGAAACCUGCUCCAGCCGAUGCCCUUGCCAAGAGAAUACCGACGACAGAGCAUCUCAACGUCCGUUGUGCCGAAUCCUUCUGUCCCAUCAUCUGGAACAUCUCACAGACCGCCAUUGGACGAGCGACCCAACAGUUGGGGUGCUACUAUGGUCAACAAGCGGUUGAGGAACGAGGUUUUCAACGAUGCAUUCUUGAAGGAACCCGUCACGAUCCAUCGACACCGUCGGCCACACCAACGAUCAAUUCCACGAUCAACCCUGCAGCGCCUUUUGAGAUCAACCAAUUCAGACCCUUCCCUAAUCAAACGUGAUUCACCGUUCGUGAAUGGUCAUGACGCACCGGCUACUUACCAAACGGAACGCAAGAUGAUGUCACACCACUAUUCACACAGCGAUCUCGGACCUGUCAUGGAUGAGUAUGUCCAGUCCGAGCCAGAGCAGGCCCCUGAUGAACCGAAGGAUGUGACGGGAACUAGUGCACCAGAGCCUGAAACAUUGAAGGACAAUCCUCUCGCCGCGAAGAAGAAGCGCAGAUACUCGGCUGGUGGUCUACGCCGAAAGCCCGAGGAUGUUCGAGAGCCCAGAGGCGAUUUGAAGUACUUUGAAGAGGCCGACGAUGCUGGAUACAAGGGCGAUAAUGAGGACAACCCAAAGAGACACUCUGAAACCCAUUCCACUUCAGGUGGCCAUCAUCAUUCGGAGACGAACGGCGCCAAUCAUCACUCGCAGUACAUCCAGCAUUUGAAACCCGAACACGAGUUUGCAGUUGAUUCAGCAGAGCCAACACCCAUUGAGGAUAUUUCCGAGUUCACCAAGGUUCCUAGGCCAGUUAAUCCAAAAGAGGCGAAGUCUCAGAAGGAUCGUGUUGAAUACUUCUUGCUCCUGGAAGAUCUAACAUCAGGGAUGAAGAGGCCUUGCAUGAUGGACCUAAAAAUGGGUACUCGACAAUAUGGUGUGGAGGCCACUCCGAAAAAACAGAAGUCGCAAACGGAAAAGUGCCGAAACACAACAUCAGCCGAGCUAGGAGUCCGAAUCUGCGGGCUGCAAGUAUGGAAUGUUGAGAAGGAGACCUACGACUUUCAGGAUAAGUACUAUGGCCGAAAGCUGAAAGCUGGCGAUGAGUUUCAGGGUGCAUUGACAAAGUUCCUGUACAAUGGCGUCGAUCUACAUAGUAUUCUACGACAUAUCCCAGUCGUGCUCAAGAAGCUGGCACAGCUGGAACAGAUCGUGAGCAAGUUGGGCGGGUAUCGCUUUUACGCAGCAAGCUUGCUCAUGUUUUACGACGGAGAUACAUCUGAGGAUGAUGACUACGAAACCAUGUAUGAGUCGACCACCGACUGUGCAACCGAUACGGAAGAGACAUCGCGGAAGAAGCCGAAAAACAAGAGGGAGAUUGAUUUCAAGAUUGCCGAUUUUGCCAACAGUGUCACCCCCUUCGAUAAAAUUGACGACAAGCCCUGCCCCCCGCAGCAUCCUAAUCAACCCGACGGUGGAUUUCUCAAAGGUCUACGGAGCUUGAGAAGAUAUUUCCUUCAGAUUCAGAGGGACGUAAGGCAGGAGUUGGGGCUUGAUCCAUAUGGGCGAUUCUCGAACCAUAUGGACUAUGCUGGGGAUCUUGAUUCCGAGAAUGGGAUGGCUAGUCUUUAG